AUGAACACUCUCAAUCCACAGCCCGUUCCUCCUCCCCCGAAGGAAGGCCCUCGAGAUGUAGACGGAGGCACACAGCCUUCUUCUCUCUCGUCUUCCUCUUCCUGCUCUUCCUCCUCUUCCUCCUCUUCCUCCUCUUCCUUUUCUUCUGUCCACGGACACAGUCUCGCUGGUCCGCCGGAACUUCCAGGGAUUUUGGCAGGCGACCCUGCGGGGCUGCUGCCUCCCGAGCAGGCGCAGCGCGUGCGCGAGAGAGUGCGGAAAAUGUGCGGAUGGUCCAGAGAGUCUUUCCCAGGUGGACAGCCCGUCAGCUUAAGCAAAAGCAAUCUCACGGAGUUGUUUCGAAACCCGUAUGUAGCCUGUGAGAAAACCGACGGUAUUCGUUUUCUCCUGCUGGCCGCGUCGGGCUGCAUCUUUCUCAUCGGCAGAAAGGAAGAGGUUCGCAUGAUUCCCGACAAGUUUCUUCCUCGCAAAGGCCGGCUACAGGAGCCGCAGCAGUUGACGCUGCUCGACGGCGAGCUCGUGAUGGAUCGGCUGCCUGACGGAGACACCGCGGCGCGGUAUCUGAUCUACGACGCCAUCUGCAUCGAACGGGACGAGUCGGUAAAGGAGCUGAACUUGAUGGGUCGCCUAGCAGCUGUCGCCGAGCGCGUCAUCGCGCCCCUGAGAGAGCUCGAGGAGAAAGAGCGACUGCAAAGUGAACGGGAAGAAGACGCCCCGCAACCGCUGAAAAAGAGGAAAGCGCGAAAGAACCCCCUGGAAAUCUACCUCAAGGAUUUUUUCGAGAUCUUCGAUUUGCUUCACAUCCAACGCAUGGCGCUUCGCCUGCCGCACGAGUCAGACGGCAUCAUCUUCACCCCCGUCAACUUGCCGUACACCACCGGCACAUGCAGGCAGCUACUCAAGUGGAAACCUCCUCACCUCAACACUGUCGAUUUCAGCGCAGACGCACUCUAUGACGAACGAGGCGUGCCCCGUCUCUUCCAGCUCUACGUCACCGACUAUGGUGUACGUGUGUUCAAGGGCGAGUUCCUCGCCCCCUACGGGGCGCUCUACAAGCAGCUUCUUCAAAUGGCUAGCUCAACUCGGCUCAGCGGCACGAUUGUCGAGUGUUUCUGGUUUCCCUCGCCCCCCGUGUACACCUUUGUUCCGUCUCUGCGAAGCGCCGAAGACUUGCGCAGUGAAAAGGAAAUGUGCACGUGGCAAACGUGGAACGCAGCGAAGCCGCUGUAUGAUUUGGAAAAUGGAACGUGGAAAGAAGGCGGCUGGGUUGCGGAACGCAUUCGAACGGUGCGCCUUUUUGCUUUUUUCGGAAAAACAAAGACACGGGUCGUCUGCUCUCAGGGAGGGCGAGGAAACAGAGAAAGACGCAUUCCCUCCACAUCGCAAAUCUUUCAAAACACGCAUCUCAAAAAGUGCACGCCAUUAUCUGACUCAGAAAAGGGUGAACUUGACCGUAAACAUACCUCGAAAACCAAUACAUCUUUCUAUAUGCAGAGAGAGCUCGAUAAUUCGAGACGAAGAGCAAGAAAAAGUAGAAAGGAGACAGAGCGACGAUGGACAACUGAGGGAGACCCUGUGUCGCCAGUAUGUUGCGUGCCCGUGGUGUCCCACUUGUGCAUUUCGCCCGUCUGUUUGUUUCGGUGUUUUCAGGACAAAAACCUCCCGAAUUCUUUCCAAGUUAUGAAAAAGGUUCAACAGAGUAUCGACGACAGCAUUACUUUCCGAACGCUGCUGCGAGAAGCCCAGCGGUAUCGCAACCACGGCAAGAAGACAGUCGGCGAAGCAUGUAUCUUGCCGUCUGAGCACACCGAGGACAAAGAGGCGUCUUCGACGGAAACUUCCGGCUGA